AUGGCUCAAAAAGAAGACUCUAAAUACUACAAGGAAGCUCUUGAAGAGUACAAAGAACUCUGUAACGACGAAGAAGAUGUUUGGGACAAGAGAAUAAACGAUACGGGCUGUUACGUUGAGAAUAUGGCCCUGCAACUAUGUCACGCAGACACAAACGAUUGGAGGCAGUGCUUGGGAGAGAUGGCACUGUUUCGUAAGUGCUGGGAUCAGAAGGGAAACAGAGAACGUGUUUCAACGGUUGACAAAUAG